UCACAAAGUUUUGACGUCUCGGUUGAUCAGUUCGUCGCGACGUAACAAUUGAAUACUUAUUCAUAAAAUAGUGCUCUUUGUUUUAAAUACUCACGCUUUAAUUCGUGUUUGAUCGUUGUGAAAGCAUUUUCCACUUAUUGAAAAGUGCUGCAUAUUGCCAAUUUUUUGUAUUCGUAUCUAAUUUUUCAUAUUUGAAACGAAUACUAAUUCAAAAGAAAUUACUUUCGUCGUCAUCAUAAGUCAAAUGUUCUGUUGUUAGCAUUGGGUGCUGUUUACGUAAAAUGUAUUAGAAAGUGAUAACUUGAUACUUGUGUAUGGAAUCAAAAUUUCAAUUAUUUUGUUAUAUAAGCGCCUAGUAGAAUAACAUUGCAGUUAAACUAUUGUGCUGCUACGUAUUACUAAGUUGGCCGUGAAAAGCAGUCGACUUAUACCGACUGCGUACAUCCGUUUUCUGUAAAAACUUGGGUUAUAUCUACUCAAAAGUAACUAAGCUGAUUGGAAAAGCAGUUCACGUUCACAAAUGCAACAAAGAUGCUAAAUUUGGUCGAAGCCUUAGCCAAUGUCUCCGGUGCUUCCCAGCCUGCUAUUCGGCUCAUACUUUCUGUUCUGUUAGCUUAUCCAUUGGGAGCACUUUAUCGAAAACUUAAUGUAUCCAUCAUCGUGAAAAAUCUAUACAUUGCCAGUACCGGGAUUGCAUUGGUCAUAUUCAAUUAUGGCUUCGAUGUUUACCAUAGUGCAUUGGCGGUGUUUGUGACGUAUCUGCUCAAUGCGUUUCUCGCCACUAGCAGCCUGCUCGUUCCAAUAAGUUUUUGCUUCCACAUGGGUUAUCUUCUUAUCGGUUACUACUUUACCACAUCGGAAACUUAUGACAUCAAGUGGACUAUGCCGCACUGUGUGCUGGUGUUAAGGCUAAUAGGAUUAGCGUUUGAUAUCUCGGACAGCUACCAGAAAGAACUGCAAGGCAAAAGAGAUGACAAAUGCGUUGGAAAACCUUCGCCCUUGGAACUAAUUGCCUUUACGUACUUCCCAGCAUCGGUUCUAGUGGGACCCCAAUUUUCAAUGAUACGGUACCGCAGAUUCGUCAGUGGCCAAUACGAACAGCACACCGUCGAAGCACCAAUGUAUUCGAUUAAAAAGUUUCUACAAGGAGCUUUCUACUUGAUUGUGAAUCAAGUUGGAUCCCAAUUCGUGUCCGAUUCGUAUUUGCUCUCAAGUGAUUUUGAACAAGAAUCGUUCUUUAUGAAGCACAUCUACAUGGGACUAUGGGGUCGUUUUUCUCUAUACAAGUACAUCUCGAUAUGGUUGCUGGCCGAGGGAGCUACCGUUCUAUUCGGUCUUACCUACAUCGAUGCUAAACCAGGCGAGCGAGAGUACGACUCGGACGAGUUGUCGGGUUGUACAAAUAUUAAGGUCGGAAUAUUUGAAAAUACCAGCAAAUUUGGCCACUAUGUCGAAUCGUUCAACGUUCAAACCAAUCACUGGGUCGCCAUAUAUGUGUAUAAGCGGUUAAAGUUUUUGAAUAACCGUGUGUUGAGUCACUUCGGAGCGCUCUUAUUCCUGGCUGUCUGGCAUGGCUUCCACAGUGGUUACUACGUUACUUUCCUUAUGGAGUUUCUGGUGAUCCGCAUGGAAAAGGAGAUCGAACCGGUCUUGCUAAAGAAUGAGCGAUUGCAGACAUUCCUGCAGCAUACUAUGAUAAAGUUAGCAGUUUUCUUACUACUUAAAUUUUACACAAUUGUAUUUGCCGGUUGGUGUUUGAUUCCAUUUGUAUUUCUAAGCUUUUCCAAAUGGUGGCAUAUCUAUUGUGCCGUUCGAUUUUCCGGAAUAUUACUGUUCUUGUUGGGUAAUAUAUUUAUCAAACCGUUACUUUUGGUAAUAUUGCCACAGAAUAAGCAAGAGUUGAAAAAAUCCGACUAAGAUUUGGUCGAAUUUAGCUGUUUAAUCUAAACAAAAAAAAAUGACUACUUUCAUAAAUACCUAACGGCAUACAUCGGAUGAGAAUUUGAAAAAAGACAUUUGAAUCCAUCCAAGAAAAGAAAGAGAAUUACAUAGAUACUUUUGCUCACUUAAGUUAUGUAUUAACUACACUUGAGGAUGACUUUUCCAGUAAGUUUAAUGGUAAGAACGAAUUAGUUUAUAUCAAACAAACUUUCUUGAAGCAAACAUUUUAAACAGAAGAAACCAAAGCUAGAUUGUAUCUGCUUGAAUAAUCACGAUAGCUUCUAUUUAAUUUAUGGACAGGUAUACCGUAUAUCGUUUCCCAAACGAUUAUAACCUCUACAGUUGAAACAAAAAAAAACGAAAUUCUAGUGCGGCACGCUCCAUAACCCAGAAGACUCGUCUGCUGUGAAAAAUGUCUCGAUUUAUUAUUAGAAAAUACGCGGAACUUGCAUCUUUUCCUAUGCAACUUCAUCGAGGAAAGCGGAAAUUUGUCUAAAAGCACCGCUCCCAUUGCGAUUAAAAGAACCUAACAAUGUUCUUCGUUCCUUAAACAAGAAGACUUAGAAUCUCGAAUAAUAAAAACUAAGGAGUUGCAUUCUUUAAAUUUAUGAAUAUUCAAUAAAAAUCACAGGUAGUUGAUGUGAUUCUUUGCAAAAGAAAAUCGUCAAAUUGCCGGAAAGUCAUACUAUUAAGAUGUAUGUGGAAACCAAGCAGAUUUUAGCAGAGAAAAUAUGCUAACUUUAACAAUAUAAUAAAAUAUUAAGAAUACAAACAAUCUUCAUCUGCCGUAGGUCAAAGAAACAAGUAUUUUUUUACACAAACAAAUGCAUAAUACACCAGAUUGCCACGUAGAAUACUUUUCGGAUAAUAAAAGUUCUAGUCAGUUCAUGAGUUAAAUGAUAAAAA